AUGAGUGAGGGAAAAGCAUCAGAGGCUCAAGUAGAGCCUGUCGAGUCGCAGAAGCCCAUUAUGGAUACCCUCGAUAAAGAUCCUGUCUAUUCUCACCGCGAGCAGCGCAAGAUUAUCCAUCAUAUUGAUGCUCGCUUGGUCCUGAUGCUUGGAUUCCUCCAUACGGUAUCACUAAUUGACCGAGGAAAUCUAGGCACGGCCGCCGUUGCUGGUAUGGAAGAAGAACUUCACCUUCAUGGCACACAAUAUAGUACAAUUGCAGUGGCUUUUUUCCCUCCCUAUAUUUGCCUACAGAUAUUUGGCCCCAUUUUGGUGCGCAAAAUUGGGCCUAUUAACUAUUUAUCCGUGGUCGUUUUCAUAUGGGGUGUCGUCAUGCUGUCAGCUGGAUUUGUCAAGAAUUGGACGGAGCUGGUUGGUAUCAGGGUUAUUAUUGGUGCUCUCGAAGCUGGUUUUUUUCCCGCCUCCGUCUAUCUCAUCUCGACUUGGUAUACCCGAUAUGAUAUCCAGAAACGAUACGCGAUAUUUUAUCUACUGGGUUGUGUAGCAUCUGCCUUCACGGGCAUUCUCUCUUAUGGCAUUACGUUUAUGGUAGGCCGAGUCCCUCGACUCGAAAAAGUUACUUUGACUGACAUCUACCAGCAUGGACUGGGUGGACUCACAGCUUGGCGGUGGAUAUUCAUUAUCCAAGGAAUCAUCACCUGCAUUGUAGCUACAGUUAGCUACUUUGUCCUCGUUGAUUUCCCCGACAGGAUGAAAGGAAGUAAGCGAAAAUUUUUGUCGAAUAAUGAAUACGAUUUCAUUAUGCGACGCAUCACAAAAGACCGUGCAGAUGCAAAUCUGGAGCCGUUCAAUUUGAAAAAGUAUCUUCGUGCGGGACUGGACGUCAACAUCUGGGCCUUCGGAUUGAUUUACUUCUCAACGACAACAACGGCUUACGCGAUAUCUUACUUCCUUCCCAUAAUUUAUCAAAAAGGAAUGGGGUUCUCCACGGGCGCCUCUCUUUGUCUGUUUGCUCCGCCAUAUGCUGCAGCUGGCAUUCUUAUGUAUGCGACUUCAUGGCUCGGCGAUCGAUACCAUAUUCGGGGGCCUAUUCUAGUUUUCAAUGCAAUACUCACCAUAAUCGGUCUUCCUCUUAUGGGAUUUACCAAGGGCAAUGCGUCUCGCCUUGUUGGUGCCUUUUUGACCACGAUGGGUGCAAACUCAAACAUCCCAGCUGCAAUGGCGUACCAGGCCAAUAAUCUUCGGGGACAAUGGAAACGAGCGAUUUCCAGCGCUAUUUUUGUUGGCUUUGGUGCUUCAGGUGGUAUGACCGGUUCAUUGAUUUAUCGCUCGCAGGAUUCUCCAACCUACCAUCCUGGUAUUCUGACGUGUAUCGGACUUUCUGUAACCAUAAUUGUGAUUGUGACGCUGCUUUCUAGUCGAUUUUAUGUCUUGAACAGGAAGGUAGCUCGUGGGGAGCACGUGAUUGAUGGUUUGCCGGGAUUCCAGUACACAUAUUGA